GCCGCCGGCAGCGAAGUGCUGAGUCACGGUGAGGCAGCUGCGCGGCGCCCUUCGAGCCCACCUUCCCCACGCUUCCCCCGCCGCACGGGCUGCAGCAGCCGCCCUCACCGGGCGGGACUACAGGGCGCCUGCAGGGCCGGGCGGGUGCCGACGAUCAGUUAGCAGGACCCCGCCCUCUCUGGCCCGCCUCAGACUCCCAGGGGAAUCUCCUAGGCAGAUGGCCAGAGAUGCUUAAAUAGUCCUCUGCAGUGGGGUGCAAGUGGCAGACAACUUUUCUUUCUGCAGACCACUGCGAUCUGCUCAGCCUCAGAACACUCUCUUUUUAGCCUUGGACAUGGCGUGGUCCAAAAAGGUUACCCUCUCACUACUCAGCCGGGAGCAGUCGGAAGGGGUUGGAGCGCGGGUCCGCAGAAGCAUUGGCAGACCUGAGUUAAAACAUCUGGAUCCAUUUUUAUUGUUUGAUGAAUUUAAAGGCGGUAGACCAGGUGGAUUUCCUGAUCACCCGCACCGAGGUUUUGAAACAGUAUCUUACCUCCUGGAAGGGGGCAGCAUGGCCCAUGAAGACUUCUGUGGACACACUGGUCAGUUGAACCCAGGAGACCUGCAGUGGAUGACUGCGGGCCGGGGCAUCGUGCACGCCGAGAUGCCUUGCUCAGAGGAGCCAGUCCACGGCCUACAACUGUGGGUUAAUUUGAGGAGCCCACAGAAGAUGGUGGAGCCUCGGUACCAGGAACUGAAAAGCAACGAAAUCCCUAAACCCAGUAAGGAGGGCGUGACCGUUGCUGUCAUUUCUGGAGAAGCCCUGGGAGUCAAGUCCAAGAUUUACACUUACACACCAACUUUAUAUUUGGACUUCAAAUUGGGCCAAGGAGCAAAGCAUUCCCAGCCUAUUCCUAAAGGGUGGACAAGCUUCAUUUAUACCAUAUCUGGAAAUGUGUAUAUUGGACCUGAUGACACACAACAAAAAAUAGAACCUCAUCACACAGCCGUGAUGGGGGAAGGUGACAGUGUCCAGGUGGAGAACAAGAGAUGGGGAUCAACCCUGGGCUCCUCUGGACAUUUAAGCCUGGACUGUAAUGGUCACCCUGGAACAACCUCUGUCUCAAGCGUUGAAGCUCCCUGUGCUGCUUUGGCCCACGGUUGGUACCCUGGUUGCCAAGAUGGCUCCAUGGUCAGGAGCACAGGGAUUUGAUGUGGAGACUUGAUCUCAGCUUGAAACUCCUGUUUAUACGAGUGUCCUACUAAGAAAGUCUUAAGCCUCGUGGAUUAGCAGACUUACUUGCAGUUUGUCAAGGUACACAAUCAGUUCCUCGUUGACUGCCAUCAAAACCAUACUCGAGAAUAAGGAUACUCUUGAACUGGCACCAUUCAUGGGGAAUUCAUUAAACUAAUACAGAUUAAUAUUUCAUUAAAAUAAAGAUCGAAAGACAACUAAAACACCCUUUUAAAGCUAGAGACAACUUUUUGCUGAUGUGUAACAAUUCAUAAUAAAAUAAACCAUUAAUCUUCAAAAACCGGUAACAGUUCACUGUUUUCUCUUUCAAUUGGCCUAAGAAGUAUAAACAGUGAAGUCUAGUAAGAACAAUUACAUGCAGUUAAGUCCUGUUAAAGCUCAGUUUCUUUCUGAUCAUGUUUUCAGGUAAUAUUUCAUCAUAAUAAAUGUUCCUGAUGCAAAAGCAUGCCCUUAGUUUCCUUCUCGGAGUCCCACUGCCAUCUCAAGCUUUGUAUUUCUGAUUAAUCAAACAAACUCUGAGUACAUACUCACAGUGUAGAAGUUAUCAACACCUUAAAUAAAUCCUAGCGCCUUCAUCUGGGCUUCGAUCAUUUAUUGUUGGUGUCAGUGGAACUCAAGACAUGUCUUGCCAGUAUUUAUGGAAUAACAAAGAGCAAUUUGUAAAAGUAAAUUAUUACGUAAACCCAGAAGGGCCUGACUCGAAACUAGGAACUCUGAGAAUGUGUGCCAAAGUGAAAGACAUGGUCUGGGCCCCAAAAGAUCGUGAGUUUCAGUUGGGGCAACUGUCCAUGAAGCAGUAAGUGAAUUUCUGUUGCCUUUGUGUGAGGGUCUCUUCAUCAGAACCUAACAGGGCACUGACUUAGAUCCACACAGGGACUUAUGAUCUUAAACAAGUCUUUCUUUCUCUUUGCUUUGGCCUGAUCUUCAUCAUUUGACACUGUACCCAAGGUCGCCAUAGAGGAGGACUUUUCAAGAUAGCAACAUUCGGGACUUGGAGCCACAAAAGCACUCUACUGAAUAUCCAGAAAGAUGAUCAGCUUUCACCGAAGAAGGCUAGUUAAGGGAGGAAAAAGGAUGCACUUAAGAAAAAAGAAGAAGACCCAAAACAUCUGGCUUAGGUUAGAGGAGAAGGGGCCAGGCAGAGGUUAAUUUUGUAAAAAAAAAUCAUUCAAAGAAGCUUCGACCAGCCUUCAGCUUUCUUUCUUUUUUUUUUUUUUUUUAAUUUUUAUUGGAGUAUAGUUGCUUUACAAUGUUGAGUUAGUUUCAGGUGUACAGCAAAGUGAAUCAGUUAUACAUAUACUUAUAUCCAACUCUUUUUUAAAUUCU